AUGUUUAAAUCUGUUAGUUUGGCUGCCAUUGCGGCUAUAAAUGGUGAAGGUGUAGAAGAAUUUGAUACGCAGAGGUGUCUGCAACUGCAAGAAGAAAUCAUAUCGAGUAGUCCGGAGAGACCAGCCGCGGAUAAUGAUAUAUCGUUUCCCGUCGUCGCGUCAAGCAAUUAUAGUUGUAAUGUCGACGCGACAAACAAUGUCCGUCAUGAUGCAGUAAAUAGAAAACACCACCAUCAACCCCAGGAAGUUUUUCAUGAAAUAAAGGUGGUCAGAGAAUCCGAUAUUAAUGCUCAACCAUACGGAGAAAGUCCAUUACCUCCAAAUCCUGUACACAAAGCCGAAUGGACGAGAGAUGGUCUACCAGUAUUGCCAACAGUAACGCGAGACAAUGGAAAAAAAUUGAAGCCAUCCAAUAUUACCAGCAACCUGCUUCCAUUGCCUUGUGCCCAGUUGAGAACCAUGGAGGGUGAGGAAUAUACUCAAAAGAGUAAUUUAUCUUUGACUCAAGAGAAUCCUGAGUCUCUUUACGAAGCCUUAGAGUUGCAAAGGUUAAGAGACCAGGCUCUUCUUGGAACAAAUACCGAAUUUUCUUCGAGCCCACGAAUUCCAAUCGAACGGGAUGAUCUGCCAGGUCCACAAUCAAAUGGCAUAUAUGGAGAUCCCAAUUCGACACAUACUGAGUCGACUGCACGUACAUAUGAGGAGAACGACACGGGGCACAUAAACUUUGAUACAUUUCAACCAACAUCGGUAUCUGAUGAAGGUUAUUUCCAGUCAGAAGAUCCGCCUGCUAUUUACAGUACUCAAGAUCCUGUGCAAGACACUCCUCUUGGCCCUCAGACUCCGGCUCCGUCGGUCAACCCAUUUUCUGAAAAGGGUAGUGUAAUGAAGCAGCAUGAGCUGUUUGGCGCAACACAACCAUCAUCAAUUGGACGACGUGGUGGCAGUCCUACAUCAUCCAGGCCAUCGCCUGAUGGUUAUGAGGGAUAUCGAUCCUCACAAGAAGUCGAACCUUCACCACUCGUACGACGCUCGGAGGUCGCUAGCGCAAGUACCCAACAAUCCGAGCGAUCUCUUGAACGCUCAACAUCUACCGAGACACAAAUUCCAAUCGAAUCUGUCCCAGUGUCAAAUAAAAUACAAUCCUUCAAUUCCGCUCUUCGAAAAUUAACGUUGGUACGCGAACCUCAGGAUAUAUAUAUAUCCAUGAAAGAGUCCCAAGAAAGAAGGAAUAACUUAAUCGUACGUGAGGUAUCUUCUGGCUCGGAAUCGGAUUCUGAUAUUGAGGCACUACCCAAGAAGUUUCAAAAGGCGGCGAGAGAGAAAAAGAAGUUACGCGAGCAGACAGCCUUGAUUAGGAAAAGACCAAAUUCAUCUGAUAGACCCAAUUCCGCAACAGAAGUCAUUUCAAUAUCCGCCACAGCUAUUACACACCAAAGGUCAAUUAGUCAUCAGCGCAAAUCUUCAGAAGUGACAUUUUCUCAUACUCCCCAGGCCUCCGAGUCAACUCCGAUCGCUGUGGAGGUUCCGGCUAGUGGUCGACGCCGAAGUAUGCAGGAGGACUAUAUAGCCCAGUGUGAUGCACGAGACACUCAACCAACACAGCAGGAUAUGAUCGCUGAUUCUCAAGGUGUUCCUUUGUCAAGCAACCUUGUUACCAGUUCUCCAGUGCCCGGACCACAAAAUCGAGCGCCAGCCUGCUCUGAUGUUGAAAAAGCAGGCCUGGAAUCAACGAGCCCAUCUCAAAGGCUACCAGAAAAGCAACAGCAGCCUCUGAGACAGGUUCCAAGUCAGCCCUUGGAAAGCAAAAACGUCGAUCAUGCAGAUGGAAUCCAAGGAAAGAAUCCCACUGUAUCUGCCCCGUCCGAUCAGAAUAUGACUGCAUCACCUAAUGAAGCAUCUGUCAGCGACGCUGUUGAAGAACUUGUCACCCAAAGACAGAAUCUACCUUCGGAUGGUGUCGCCUUCACUGUCCCGGAAACUAGUCCAGCUACUGAUAGAUUAAUUCCUAUGACUGAGAUCGCAGAAAUUUCUCUCAGCAUAGCGAAUAAUGAUGAGUUAGAUGACUUGCCAGGAUUUAACAUGGACGAUGAGUUCAACGAGGUUAUUGGUGUGUCUACUCAUCAUACUCCGAAACACCAAUCUCAUUUUGAUCCACCACUUGCUACUACGCCUAGUCGUUUCGACAUAAUCCCUAACGGCUCUGCUGGCACAGCCUCGUCGGGACUUUCAUCGGCUCCCAGUACAAUAGAACCUCCGACUCCUAUCUUUCGAGAGGUCUCCGAAGCAGAGAAAGUUGAGUCCAACUCACCUGGAAGAGAGCUGUCGACUGAGCCUUCUCACUUGAACAUCUCAGCAGAUGAUUCUAAGGUUGCUCCGGGAGAUGUUUCUUCUCCAUUGGCCUCGACUGAACAUGAUGCGAAGCCUACCGAAACAGCCCCGACUGAGGCGGCACAUCUUCCACCCACAGAAAGAGGGCAAGGAAGCUUACAUCAAAGAACGCCACGUACAUCUACUCGAUUAUCGAAGGGCCAAUUCGGAGAGCCGCCUAUCACACAGCAACAACCAAGAGUGGCUAGAAAUACUAGGCUUUCGAGUGUGUCGUCUACAACUUUGAAUCCUCUUUCAUCCACUGCUGAGUCAGAUUUGGUAUCUCCAUCCGUUUCUAAUUCUAACACGAGUACAAGAGGUCGAGCAAGAGGUCGACCCAGAGGCAGUGCUGCCACUAAGUUCAAAAAAUCUAUCGGGGGAACUGCUUCGCCAGCUACGAAAAGACACCAUACCCGAAGCUCUGUGAGCCCGGAAGAGCAAGAAGAUGCUAUUCCAGCACCUAUCUCAAAUCGAAAAUCAAUUCUACCAUCACAGGCAGAAAGUGAAGAUCCACUGGCACUAUCAACACCGCCUUCAAAAACCUCGUUGGAUAGUAAGAAAUCAAUGGACAGUCUAUUCGAGGGAAUGGCUUUCGCUGUCUCAUACGUGGACGCAGAUAAAGAUAAACAAGUUGCGAUCCGUCUAAUCAAACAACACGGUGGUCGAAUAUUAGACGACGGAUUCGAAAACUUGUUUACACCAACGAUUCCCCCCUCAAAAUUCCGUACCGGAAAUAGCGAGACUGGAGAGACGGAGCUUGAAAUUGCUUCUUCGGAGGUAAACGUUGGUUUCGUCGCACUGAUUGCGGAUGAGCAUUCGAGAAAGGCCAAGUAUAUGCAAGCGUUGGCACUUGGGCUCCCAUGUAUCUCAGGGCGGUGGAUUUCUCAUUGUGUUGAAAAAUGUGCUAUUAUCGAUUGGCUACCAUAUCUUCUCUCGGCUGGGACCUCCUCAUUCUUAGGUGGAGCUGUGAAAAGUCGAUAUUUACGCCCAUAUUCUGCUUCCAAUGCGAAUCUCAAUGAUACUUUCACUCAGAGAUCAAAAUUGCUCGAUGGGAAAUCCAUUCUGAUCGUUACUGGAAAGGGUAAAGCUGGCGAGAAGCGGAAACCCUACACAUUUCUGACUCGUGCUCUUGGCCCAACCCGCCUUGGCCAGGCACAAGAUCUCAAGCAAGCGAGAGAAAUGCUUCUCGAUGCAGAGAGCAAACACGCCAGCUACGAUUGGCUUUAUGUGGAUGGAAAGCAAGAUGUGGAGGCAGCCGUGUUCGAAAAUACCCCAGCAAGCACUUCAGCUGGUGGCCGAAAACGAAAGCGAGCUUCGAUACAGGAAGAGGAUGCUUCACCAGCAUUGCCUAAACGCAUCAGGGUUGUCAAUGAUGAGGUCAUGAUUCAAAGCUUGAUAUUAGGCCAACUUAUUGAGGAUUAG